CGUAAAACGAUACUCCACCAAAGGCUUCGAUUGGUGAAAGGAAAUCACUCAGAGCUACUGUUUGGCCGAUGGAAGACGUGAAAUAUCAAGGUUUUUGUUCUUAUCCUCGAGAUUUACUCGGAAUAGUGCUCAUUUGGUACCCAAGUGGACCUCACUAGAGGCAAGAAGCGUUCAAUGCACUGAAAAAUAGACAUAAGUGUAUAGUAAGGAAAACUACUACAAGGAAUCCUUUAGAAUCGAUAAUGGAAAGAUAUGAAAUUAUUAGAACCCUUGGCAAAGGAACUGGUGGAAAAGUACUUCUAGCGGCCGAGAAGGAAAGUGGAAAGCAGGUUGCUAUUAAAGAGAUUACUUUAGAUCCAAAUAAAAAGAACAGAACAAAAGAAGCUGUGUUAAAGGAAGCAAGCAUUUUAGCCCAUUUAAAACAUCCUCAUGUUGUUUCAUUACAAGAAUAUUUCUUUGAUUCAUCAGAGGAGCUACUUUGUAUUGUACAGGAUUUUUGCGAUGGGGGAACUCUCCAAGAUCAGAUAGUCAAUGCUAGAGAGAAAAAUUCUCCAUUUUCAGAGGAGCAAAUAAUGCAGUGGUUUAUUCAAAUGACUAUGGCUCUGCAACAUAUUCACUCCAAGAAAGUACUUCACAGACAGACAGACAACAGACAGACCGAUAGGCAAGAGGCGCAUAGACAGACUGACAACAGCCCGACAGACAGUGACUUUGGAAUUGCGCGAAUGAUGGAGAACACUUUUGACAUGGCACAAACUUGUUGUGGUACUCCUUGUUAUUUGAGCCCUGAAUUAUGCCAGGAUAUGCCAUACAGCUCCAAGGCUGAUGUCUGGGCCCUUGGUUGUCUUCUGUUUGAGAUGUGUGCGUUGCGUUAUGCAUUUGACGCAACAAACUUUGUCAGCUUGUUCUACAAGAUUGUCAAAGUGGAUCACGGGGACGUCCCAUCACAAUAUUCGUCUUCCUUAGAAGCACUCAUCAAACAACUUUUGGCCAAGUCCCCGGAUGACAGACCAUCUGCUGGAGCAAUCCUUAACCUGCCUUUCGUUCAAAAGCAUCUCGCAAUUUUCAUCAAAGAAAAGGAAAACCUCCAAGAAUCGUUGCAUGUGAAACAGCUGUUAAAGACCCCAGCUGGGAGUAGCAAUACGUCUCCCAGCAUGCCUCAGCGGCCAUCGUCGGCUACAGGAAUCAAAUCCCCUGAUGUGAACCGCAAAUUGACGAAGCUCAGAUGCAAGUCAGCUCAGCCAAUGGACAGAUGGCUUCAGCCAAUACCUACAGAGGAAAAAAAAGGUAUAACACAAGUUCAGGACGUGACCAACGCCGUCACAUUGUGGCAAAGUACAUAUACCGUGAUCACGGUGGCCAGUCAGUUGUUCUUACAGACUGCUAGAGUUGGAAAGACGUUUGAUGUGGAG